UGUAUAGCUCCAAACUAUAUUAUGCCAAAAACCAAUUGAUAUUCAGCAUAACUGUCAGCGACAAGGGUAUUCUUUCUAGUUUAACUACUUAACAAGAAAGCCAGAAAACAAAAAGCCAAUUUUGUUCGGAAUUGAAACGACUAAGCAUUGAAAGGAAAUCGUCGACGCUGCAGAGAUUCUUUCAGGAGGUAGAGAGAACACUUGGUCAUCACAGAAUAAACUGAACGUGUGUUUCUCUGUCCGAGGAAACGUUCCGUUUCUAAAAUAGAAUCGCUGUAAUAAUGACAGCGGCCAGACAGCUCAGUAAGACAAGUCCUGGGAGUUUGAUACAUUGCGACAGCUAAAUGUUGGAUAGAAUUUCACCUGCUUCUAUAUAUAUAUAUGUAUGUAUGUAUAUAUAGCUCGGGGACUUGUCAUCGAACUCUUUAAAUGCCAUCGAAACAGCUCUGCAGUUUUUGAUCCACUAUCUCUCAGUCUCCUGUACACAUACUUAUGCGCAAACACCACACAAAACUGUACAAUCAAGAAUGAUGGAGAUGUUUGAAACCAAUCCUUUUUACUAUCACGAUCAGCGCUAUCUGGUGAGUGAAAGUAUGGGCUUUCCGCACUUGGAUGGCACUGGGGUGUCUCCCCUCUACGCGGGAAGCGAGGAUGGCUUGUCUCCAGUUGGAGAGGCGAGCCAGGCCGAGCCGAACUGUGACAGUGGCGGAGAGGAGCACGUCUACGCUCCGCCCGGUCUGAAAUCCCACUGCCCAGGCCAGUGCCUGAUCUGGGCUUGUAAGGCGUGCAAGAGGAAAUCAGCCAGCACUGACAGGAGGAAAGCGGCGACUCUCCGGGAGAGGAGGAGGCUCAAAAAAAUCAACGAGGCUUUCGAAGCGUUAAAGCGCAGGACAGUGCCAAACCCUAACCAGAGAUUACCGAAAGUGGAAAUCCUGCGUAGUGCCAUCCACUACAUCGAGAAACUCCAGGACCUGCUACACAGCUUUGACCAGCAGGAUAAACUGCAGGAGAACGUGGACCCGAUCACCGGCUGCAAAAGCUCCCAUUCAGUGGUAGCUACUCCAGACUGCUGGGGAACAAGCAGCUGUCCUUCAGAAUGGGGGAACCUGUCUGAUCAUUCGAAUAUCCAAACUAAAGUCCACAAAGACGGAAAUAGUUCGGAAUCAUCAGGCACCAGCAGUCUGCAUUAUCUGAGCUCGAUAGUGGACAGUAUUUCAACGGAGGAGGGCACUACGCUAUAUACCCAAGACUCAAAUGCAAAGCCGUAGAUGUUACCAUUUCCAAGGCAUCAGUGGUUUCAGGAAUCCGAAAAAAAAGGGUUGAAAAGAAAACGCACCCAUAUGUUGAAUAAAUAAACCGGUUUUAACUG